AUGAUGGCUGCUCCAAUUAACCUUAUUAAUAAGGUUUUGUCUCAAAGUGUCGAUAAUAUCUUUGCUUAUAAGUCUUUCAACCAAGACGAUAUUUUCUAUUCAAACAUUAAAAGUUUUAUUAAUGAAGAAAAGAGUCAACAAUACUUUAGUGAAUUAGAUAUAAGAUCUGGUGCUGGUUUGAUUCCUUCUGCUUUCAUCUCUGGUUCUUUAUCUACUAUCAUUACCCCAAGUUACUCUCUACCCUACUUCUUUAAUACUUUGAAUACUAUCGCUACUAAAUAUAACAAUAACAAUAACAAUAUCUCUCAAAAGUUUCAUUUUAAUGUCCCUGCGUUAAAUUACACUAAUAACAAGAUUGUUAAUGACUAUUCUAUCGCCCUAUCCUUUGCCCAAUCCUUAAAUCAAAUUGUAAUCACUCCAAUCAAUUCACAAGAAAUCCUUCAAACUACUUUACUCUCCUUGGCUCUACAUAAAUAUGUCAAGUCUCAAAGUGUCUUACAUCUUUUCGAUUCAAUUAACUAUGUUCAAACCAUCUUAAACGACACCACAAGUAUCGUUGACUCAUCAGUUGAUUCAUUUAGUGAAAUAGACCAUUUCUUAUCUAAACACUUGACCCCAAAUCAAUCUUCUAUCGACCAAGUCAUUGCUAGAUUUAAUGAAUUCACUGGUACACAUCUACAUAACUUCCACUACUCUUCAAACUCUACAGACUCCACAGAGGAAAUAGUCUUUUUGACUUAUGGUUCUGUGGAAUCCGAGCUGUUUAAUAAGUCGUUGAACUAUUUUAAGGAUUCAGAUUAUGGUGUAUUGAAUGUCAGAAUCCCAAUCCCCUUCAAUCAAGAACAAUUCAUCGCUAAUCUACCAUCAUCUGUCAAAAAAAUUAUCAUUGUCACUCCAAAUAUUCCUGCUACUACUACUGCUACUACCACCACUACCGCCAUAUGUAACGAGGAUAGUAUUAAUCUUGGAACUAACUUCCUUUUACAACAAAUUAACGCUACCUUGUUUUAUCACGGCAAGCUAGGACAAAUAACUGUGUCUCAAUUCAAUUAUGAUACAGAUUUCAUUUGGUCUCAAACAGCUGCCAAUAAAGUUAUCUCAUCCUUUAUUACAUAUAACCCAAUUUUGACUUCUCAAAAAAAUUUCAUCUAUUGGGGGGAUGAUACCAGUUUGCAAUUGAUCAAAGAUUUAACUUUAGUGUUACCUGAUAUCGUCUCCCAACGUAACAAAUUUGACAAUUUGACUAAUGGUGGUAUCAUCCAAUCUCAAUUCCAAUUUAAUCAAGAUAUUGCCGUCGGUGAUAACAUAGAUCUAAAUGAGGGUCAGUUAGCCUUUGUCCAAGAUCCUUCUAUCAUUAAUAAAAUUAAUGUCGUGGCCACUUUGCAAGAAGGUUCUAUCUUGGUUAUUAACCAGGACUUCAAGGAUCACGAUCUAUCAAAGAUUGACACUUUUAUUAAAGAUUUUCAAUUCCCUGUUGAUUUUGUCCAUGAUGUUAGAGCCAAAAAUAUUAAACUAUAUUUUAUCUAUGGUAUAAAUGACGAUAAGGAAAUCUUACAAAGUUUGAUCAAAUCUUUACACCAAGGUCAAACAGCUUUUGAACAUGACAAAGUUGUUGCAAUCGAUUGUUUACCUGAAAUCCAAUUACCGAAUGAUAAUGAUGACAAUAAAAUGGAAGUCGAAGAAGAAGAAAAAGAAAAAGAAUCUAUCAUUUUGCCUGUAUUUCCAAGCGAAUCUGCCUUUAAACCAUCUACAAUCAAAACCAAAAUAUUGGAAGCGACCAAACCAACCAGUGAAACAGUGGAAGAUUUGGCAAAGAAGUUAUCUUUCAAAGAAGCUUAUGGUAUUAAACAAGAGUUGAGACCUGACUUACCAACUAAAAAUUACGUUAUUAAAGUUAAAUCCAAUCAACGUGUUACGCCUGUCGAUUAUGACAGAUACAUUUUUAACAUAGAAUUCGAUAUUACUAGUACAGGUUUGAAAUAUGAUAUUGGGGAGGCUUUAGGUAUUCAUGCUAAAAAUAACGAAAAGGAGGUGGAUCAAUUUAUCAAAGAUUUCAACUUGAAUCCUAAUGAAAUCAUAUUAGUUCCAAAUAAGGAUGAUAACAAAAUUUUGGAGUCAAGAACUCUAUUCCAAUCUUUAGUAGAAAAUCUCGAUUUAUUCGGUAAACCACCAAAAAGAUUCUAUGAAGCUUUAAUUCAGUUUGUUACUGACAAAGAGGAGAAGGAACAAUUAGAAAAAUUGAUCUCUUCAGAGGGCGCCUUAGAAUUAAAACGUUAUCAAGAAGUUGAAUAUUUCACCUAUGUCGAUAUCUUCAAAUUAUACAAAUCUGCUAAAUGGACUUCCACUGACUUAGUUCAACUAAUUGCUCCAUUAAAGAGAAGAGAAUAUUCUAUAGCCUCAUCUCAGAAGGUUCAUCCAAACGAAAUCCACUUACUGAUUGUGGUUGUAGAUUGGGUUGACAAACAAGGAAGAAAGAGAUUUGGUCAAGCUUCCAAAUAUAUUUCUGAAUUAAGACCAGGCCAAGAAUUAGUAGUUUCUGUUAAACCAUCAGUAAUGAAAUUACCUCCAAGACCAGAACAACCUGUUAUUAUGAGUGGGUUAGGUACAGGAUUAGCCCCAUUUAAAGCUAUUGUUGAAGAAAAGAUGUGGCAGAUGCAACAAGGUAUGAAAAUUGGUAAGGUCUUCCUAUUCUUAGGUUCUCGUCACAGACGUGAAGAAUACUUAUUCGGUGAAUUAUGGGAAGCUUAUAAAGAUGCCGGUAUUAUCACACAUAUUGGUGCUGCAUUCUCUAGAGAUCAACCACAAAAGAUCUACAUUCAAGAUCGUAUUAGAGAAUGUUUAGGUGAAUUAAAAAAGGCCUUUAUUGAUGAAGAAGGUUCCUUUUACUUAUGUGGUCCAACUUGGCCAGUCCCUGAUAUUACCAAAGCUCUCCAAGACAUUCUAGCCGCUGAUGCUGAAGAAAAGAACAUAAAGAUAGAUUUGAACAACGCUAUUGAAGAAUUGAAAGAGUCUUCUAGAUAUAUUUUAGAAGUUUACUAG